GGAGCCGCUGCCGUAGUCCCGGCCCCCCGGAGCCUCGCCGGACCCCCGGAGCCCCAAACGAUGGCUCCUCUCCCUCCGGGACCCACGGUUGAGGAGUGGAUGGAAUGCCCCGCGCUGGGCCCCGGCUGGAAGCGCCGCGAAUCCUUCCGCAAGUCCGGCGUUACCUGUGGCCGCACGGACACCUAUUACCAGAGCCCCACUGGAGAGCGGUUCCGCAGCAAGAUUGAGCUGACCCGGUUCUUGGGCCCGGACCAAGACCUCAGCCUCUUCGACUUCAAGAGCGGCGUCGUUCUCUCCCCGGAUGUCAAGGCCCAGCCCUCUCCAGCCCCGGAUCCCCCCACUCGGAAGGGGAAGAAGCGGCUGCCCAAAGCUCAGGAAGAGGAGGGCGGCAGUGAGGUGCAGCUCAAAAAGCCACUGCUGGAACCCCCAGCAGCUCCUGCUCCUCAGCAGACUCCCGAGCCUCCAGUUGUGGACACACCAGACACUCUGAUUUUACGCUGUGAAAACUGCAGAACUUGGUUCUCAAGAGGCAACAUCGAUCGCAAUCGGCGCAUCAAGUCUCUGUGUGCAGAAUGCCGAGCCCAGAGGAAUGCCUUCAACCGGGAGCAGAGGAUGUUCAAGCGGGUGGGCUGCGGGGCCUGUGAAGCCUGCCACGUGACCGAGGAUUGUGGCUCCUGCUCUCCGUGCGUCCUGCGUCUUCACAACCCCGAAUCCCAGCCUGUCUACAAGUGCGUCCGGCGCCGCUGCCUCAAGAUCAUCAAGAAAGGCUUCGGUUGUGGCGUGUGCCAGGGCUGCCAGACCAAGGAAGACUGUGGCACUUGCCAGAUCUGCCUUCGCAAACUCAAGCCCGGGCUCAAGCGCCAGUGGAAAUGCCUCCAGCGCCGCUGUCUUAAGAAACGGUUGGCGGCUGACUCAAAAGGCGUAACCUCCAAGAAGCUCCUGAAUGGGGUGCCUGCCUCGAGCUCUAAAGGCCCAACCAAACGCCGUCACCGGACCCCAGCCGCGGCCCCCGCAGCAGCUCCUCCUGCAGAUGGGCCCCCUGCAAAGCCCCUGAGGGGCCGGGCUCGGCGCCGGACAAGACUCCCUACGGUGACAGAGGGUGCUCCUCCGAAGGCCCGGGGCCGGCAGAGAGGCACGGCGGCGGCGGCAGCUACAGCAAAGUGGAAGCCAUCUCCCGACCUGGGCAGUGUCCCCACAGCCCGACUCAAACGGAGACCCCGGAGCAAAGUAAAAGAGCAGAAGCUCGUGGCCAAGAAAGCCCGUCCUCCUCCAGGCCCCCACGACCUCUCAGAGCUGGAGUGCCCUUUACCCUGUGCCCGGUUGGGCCUGCAGCUGCGUUGCUCAAGCCGUCGGCAGAACCGAAAAUGUGGGGUGUGCCCGGCCUGCGUGCGCAAGGGGGACUGCGGCCAGUGCGACUUCUGCCAGGACAAGCCCAAGUUCGGCGGCAGCAACCAGAAGCGGCAGAAGUGCCGAUGGAGGCAGUGUCUGCAGUUUGCCAUGAAGCGGCUACUGCCGGCGGUGUGGGGCAGCCCCGUGUUGGAGGGAGACCUCCUAGCCCUGCCCCCGCGCCGGCCACGCCGCAGGAAGGGCAUCUUUGCCAAUCGUGCCCGCCGGCCGGGCCGGACCAAGCCAAAGGGCCGCCGGGCCCGGGCCCCGGAGGCACUGAGCGGCAACAAGCUUGAGGAGAAGGACCUGGCGCAGGGGGCCACAGUGCUGCUGAAGGAGGAGACGGGCGCCAGCCUCGUCCUGCCCCCGGGCACCGACUUGGUGUUCCUGCAGGAGCAGGAGGGGGCGGAGAGCUUCCCCAUCCUCGUGCCGAGCGCCAAGCAGGGGGGCUCUCCUCUCCAUACCCCCCGGCGGAUCCUCUUAGAGGAGUAUGAGGGGCCCGGGCUGGAGGUGCUCAUCGCAUCCCCCCGGGUGAAGCAGGAGAAAGCGGAAAGCCCCGGGGACUGGGUCCCCGAGGCCGCCGCCCCGGCCCCCGUCGGCCCUUUCCUCGGCCUCCCCGUCAAGGCAGCAAACGGCCCCCAGAGGCCCUCCAAGGGGGAAGACAACUUCGUGGGGGAAAGCGACGGAGGGGAGGAGGAGGAGGAAGAGGACGAAGAGGAGGAGGAGGAAGAGGAGGAGGAAGAAGAGGAGGCAGGCACACCAGUGAUCAUGGAGAUCUACAGCCUGGGCGAGGCGGCGGCGGCGGCGGCGGCGGCGGCGGCGGCGGGGCCGGGGGGCCUGGACAGCCUGCUGCGCGAGUUCCUGCUGGAGCUGAACGAGUUGCCGCUGCCGGCUCACUGGGAGGUGCUGCCGCCCCGCGGGCCCAACCUGCAGCUCGUGCAGCGCUCGGCCCUGUCCACCGUGGCCGCCGCCGUCAUCCACAUCCAGCCGGGCCUCUUCUUCCGCGUGGUGGUGCAGGAUGCCCCCGUGCCGCCCACCCACGAGCUCUACACCAACCACCCGUCCCGCCUCACCACGGUCGACGAGGUGGUGGAGCUCAUCUGCGACCUGGAGGCCUACCGGCUGUGCCCCGGCUGGCCCCGCGACCGGCCCGCCGGCUGGCCCCGCGGCCAGCGCUCCCCGGUCUGCGACGUUCUGGUCUACGAGGGACGUUGCCCCCGCUGCUGCCGCCUCAACCCCUGGCCCUCGGGGAGUCGUGACUGACUGAGGCCCCGGCCUGGCGCCCCGCCUCCGCGGCGGCCUCCCCUCCCGCC